AUGACUUCGAAGGAGGAUAUUCAGAUUACUGCUAUUGACCAAAGUAGAAUUAAUAGCUUCGCGAAAUGGAAUGUAAAACUUAAGGAAUUUGAAGCUGAAAUUGACAAGAAAAGGAAAUUGCUUCAAAAUAUCCAUGAUCUUGAAGAUGAACUUUUAGUUUCGGAUUCCGAAAUAGGCGAGUCGUUUUUUCACCUUUUAACCGAUGAAACGAAUGCAAGAAUCGACGAACAAAAGAAGCAACUCAAAGAGCGACUUGUCACUCUCGAAUCAGAAUUGGGCGACUGCAAGGCUACUAUGGCGACUCUGAAAAAAGAGCUGUAUGCUAAAUUCGGAGACAAUAUAAAUUUGGAGGACUGCUAA